AUGACUUCAUAUUCCACUGGAAGUGAGGACCAGCCUCUAACAGUUUCUCAAUGGCGUGAACUACAAAAGACUGUUUCGGAGCCAACUCACAUUUUGUCCCUGCUCGAACGAGCACAACCAAACACAUCAAAUGCAUGGAUCUCAUUGGCAACGCCUGAACAAAUCAUUACACAAUGGGAGGAUAUAACAGCACUUCGAUCCCAGGGGGAACAUCUUCCACUAUUCGGCGUGCCGUUUGCCGCUAAGGAUAAUAUCGACGCCGCUGGGUUCUGCACAACGGCCGCAUGCCCGUCAUUUGGCACCGAGCCUGUCACCACCGAUUCAACAGUUGUGCAACGGUUGAAAUCACAGGGAGCUAUCCUCAUUGGCAAGACCAACCUUGACCAGUUUGCCACCGGUCUUGUCGGUACGCGUUCACCGUAUGGAGCCGUUGCCAAUUCCUUCGAUCCAAAUCGAGUCAGCGGUGGUAGUAGCUCGGGAAGCAGCGUGGUAGUCGCUCAGGGACUGGUUCCUUUCUCCCUUGGUACAGAUACAGCAGGGUCAGGUCGUAUACCUGCAGGGUUCAAUAAUCUCGUUGGACUCAAGCCCACACGGGGCGCUUUGAGUGCACAUGGUGUAGUACCAGCAUGCCGCUCACUUGAUUGUGUCUCUAUCUUUGCCCUGACUCUGGAAGAUGCCGAACUGGUCCUGCAACUAGCCGAGGGGUAUGAUGUUCAAGACGCAUACUCGAGAGAUCGUGCCAGCUGUGCGACUCACAAGUCUCCUCGAGGAGCCUUGCCCUCACAGCCCACAUUGGCUAUAUGCUCCAACCCUGAGUGGUUUGGCCGGACCGAGCAGGCUGCAGCAUACCAGGAUGCAUUGACCAAAACCCAACAGCUGGGGUGGAAGCUAGAGCCCGUUGACUUUACACCCCUCUUCUCUCUUGCCAGUCUCCUGUAUGAAGGCCCAUGGGUUGCCGAACGAUAUGCUGCUAUCGAGAAGUUCAUUCGCUCAGUUCCAGCCGAGGCCAUGGACCCGGUUGUUCGGAGUAUCAUCUUGAAAGCCGAGAAAUUCUCUGCUGCAGAUUUCUUCGCGUGCGAGUACCAUCGACGGGAUCUAUCCUCUGAGAUUGAGACAAUCUUCGGGAAAUACGACGCGCUACUAGUGCCCACGGCUCCCACAUUCCCUUCGAUGCAAGAUCUCAAGGAUGAGCCGGUCGUGGCAAACAGUCAACUGGGCACAUAUACCAACUUCGUGAAUUUUCUGGAUUGGUCUGCUUUGGCAAUUCCUGCUGGCUGGAGAGGAGACGGUCUUCCUUUCGGUAUCACACUGAUAGGAGGGGCAUGGGAAGAGACACGGUUGUUGGAGCUCGCCCAGCGCUGGAUGUCUGAUGCCCCGCGCUUGUUAGGAGCGACGGGUGUGGAAUAUCAAGAGCUUUUCUCUGGCCAAAACUCUGGGCUUACUGUCACCCCCAAUUUCAUGCAGUUGGCGGUAGUUGGUGCCCAUCUUUCUGGCUUCCCUCUGAACAAGGAUUUGGUCUCACGGGGCGCAACCUUCCUCACUGCUACAACCACAGCCCCGUGUUACCAGUUAUUUGCACUGCAUACAACAGGACCAGUAUCAAAACCUGGUCUAAAAAGGGUCAUUGAUAGUGGAGAAUCAAUCGAAGUGGAGGUUUGGAACAUGCCACUCGACCAGAUGGGCAGCUUCCUCGGUACUGUCGCACCGCCCUUAGGCAUUGGAUCGGUUGAGUUGCAAGACGGCCGGUGGGUUCACGGGUUUAUCUGCGAGUCUGUUGGCCUCGAGAAUGCAAAAGAUGUCACCAAUUUCGGCGGAUGGCGAGGGUACACCCAGUCACUCAACACUUCCACCACCGAAUCGUCACGCGCUGCAUCUACCACACCUGCAACAAGCAUCGGUGAGAAGCGUAUUAGGACGGUUCUGGUUGCUAACCGCGGAGAAAUCGCACUGCGCAUCAUUCGGACCUUGCGUGAGAUGAAGAUCUCGUCCGUGGCUAUCUAUUCAAGUGCAGAUGCUCGCUCACCACACGUUACCGCUGCAGAUGUUGCGCUUCCGCUGGCGGGAAACACAGUAUCUGAUACAUAUCUGAAUGGCAAGCAGAUCCUGGAUAUGGCUAUCAAAGCCGAUGCCGAUGCUGUCAUUCCUGGAUAUGGAUUUCUUUCAGAGAAUGCCGACUUUGCCGCCGCCGUGGAGGCUGCAGGUCUAGUAUGGAUUGGUCCAACUCCGAAACAAAUGCGUGAUUUGGGCCUCAAGCAUCAUGCUCGUGACAUCGCAAUUACCGCCGGCAUUCCUGUUGUUCCCGGAAGCGAUGGUUUAGUCACCAGUGUCGAAGAUGCACUGGCAGAAGCAGAGAAAAUAGGCUAUCCAGUGAUGGUGAAAAGCACCGCUGGUGGGGGUGGAAUUGGCCUUCAGCGGUGUGCUGAUAUUGAUUCACUCCGAGAGGCGUUUGAUGGUGUUCGUCGACUGGGACAGGCAAACUUUGGCGAUGACGGGGUUUUCAUCGAGCAUUUCAUCGACCGAGCUAGACAUAUUGAGGUCCAGGUGCUCGGUGAUGGCACUGGCAGAGUCAUCUGUGCUGGUGAGCGUGACUGUUCGCUGCAGCGUCGAAACCAGAAAGUCGUCGAAGAAUCCCCUGCUGGAUUUGUCCGAGUCGAGGUUCGAGCUGACAUGCGCCGCGCUGCUGCUGCUUUGGUUGCUUCCUUGCAAUAUCGCAACGUAGGUACCGUUGAAUUCAUCUUCGACAUCGAUAGCGAGAAAUUCUACUUUUUGGAGAUGAAUACACGUCUCCAGGUCGAGCACCCAGUGACCGAGGCUGUAACAGGCCUUGAUCUUGUCGAAUGUAUGAUGCGCAUUGCUAUGGAUGAUUGCACCACUCUUUUCCCCCAGCAGAUAAAUGAGAUUCCAGUCUCGGGUGCAGCAAUAGAAGUUCGUGUUUAUGCCGAAAGCCCCCUUCAAGAAUUUCGACCUUCUCCUGGGAAGCUUUUGAAUGUCGACUUUCCAUCUGGUGUCCGCGUUGACACUUGGGUCAGUUCAGGCCAGGAGCUGUCGUCAUCUUUUGAUCCAAUGGUCGCAAAGAUCAUCGCACACGGUGAUGACCGUGCUGAAGUUCUUCGAAAGCUCUCAGAUGCACUGGGAAAGACAGUAAUUACUGGCGUGGAAACGAAUCUGAGAUAUUUACAGCAAAUUGUUGCCUGGGAUAUGUUCAACUCCGGAGAAUUCACGACAGGAUCGCUCAAUACUUUCCCAUACGAAGCCCAAGUUAUCGAGGUCAUUGAUGCUGGGUCCGACACGGCUGUACAGGACUUCCCUGGCCGUCAAGGCCUUUGGCAUAUCGGUGUGCCGCCCUCCGGCCCAAUGGAUUCCUACUCCUUUCGUCUCGCCAACAAAAUAGUCGGCAAUGAUGACCAUGCUGCGGGACUCGAGUGCUCGAUCCAAGGCCCGACGCUGCUCUUUCAUUCCCCAACCAUUGUUGCUGUCGUUGGUGCUGAUUCCCCUAUAUCUGUUGAUGGGAAAGAACAGGAGCCCUGCAUGGCCAUCAGCAUUCGAGCUGGACAGAAACUCUCGAUUGGCACAGCCACCAAUGGCUCCCGAGUUUAUCUUGCCGUCCAAGGUGGUAUUCAGGUCCCUGAAGUCUUGAGCAGCCGCUCAACAUUUGCGACCGGUCACCUUGGAGGGCACAAUGGACGCAGCCUCCGCAUUGGUGAUCUUCUCCCAUUAGCAACUGUUAUAGAAGAGGAACUUACAUUGCUCAAAUCGCCAAUUCUUUCCCUGCCGAUACCUGAGAACCGAGAAUGGGUCGUUGGCGCUAUCCCUGGACCACACGGUAGUCCGACUUAUUUCACACAAGAUGGGCUUCAGGAGCUUUUCAAUGGCGAAUGGACUGUCCACUACAACAGCAAUCGACUCGGAGUCCGUCUCACCGGGCCCCGUCCAGAGUGGGCACGGCAAACCGGUGGUGAUGCUGGCCUGCAUCCCUCCAACAUUCAUGACAGUCCUUAUUCAAUCGGGAAUGUGAGCUUCACAGGUGACGAGGCAAUUGUUCUGACAGCAGAUGGACCAAGCCUGGGAGGAUUUGUCGCGUUUGCCACAGUCGCAGAAGCCGAGAUGUGGAAGAUUGGUCAGAUGCGGCCAGGCGAUCGCCUUCGGUUGCAUCCUAUUUCUCUUGAUGACGCGCGGGCACUUGCGAAGGCCCUCGAGCAUUCGAUCGCCACUCUCAGCCCGCUGACCAGUGGUGACUUGAGACAGGCAAGUUCUCCUGCUGCCUCUAGUCCGAUCGUGAAGGAGAUAUCCGAAGCUGGCCGCUUCAUCCGAUGCUGUCAAGCAGGUGAUCGAGCCUUGUUGCUCGAUUUCGGCAAUGAAGAUAACUUCACGCUACGGCAAACAUUUCACAUCAUGAACUUCAUUGAGAUGCACCGAAUUUAUCCAAUUCCAGGCGUCGAGGAGCUCACAUCAGGCGUCCGAAGCCUCCAUAUUCGCAUGGAAGCAAACUUCCCACUAGUUCAAGUCCUUGAUGCGCUGGUUGCGCAUGAGAUUUCUCUUGGAACAGAGCUUCCUGCCCGACUACCCUCGCGUAUCGUGCAUAUGCCUCUUGUUUUCAACGAUGAGAGGAGCCGCAAAGCCAUUGCCCGCUAUACUUCGACCAUUCGUUCCACAGCACCGUACCUACCUAGCAACAUUGAGUUCUUGCAGAAACUGAAUGGACUUGACAGUCCCGAUCGGGUAGAGAGCAAUCUCUAUGAAGGCACAUUCCUAGUGUUAGGCCUUGGUGAUGUGUACCAAGGGUCCCCCUGUGCUGUGCCACUAGAUCCCCGCCAUCGACUCUUCGGAACGAAGUAUAACCCCUCCCGAUCGUUCACACCUCGUGGCGCUGUCGGUAUUGCUGGCCAAUACCUAUGCAUCUAUGCAACCGACUCGCCUGGCGGGUAUCAGCUUGUUGGUCGUACAGUCCCUAUUUGGGAUGAGUUCCACAAGCCCGGACUGGGCGAGAAGGCCCCGUGGAUGUUCUCACUCUUGGACCAGAUUCGUUUCUACCCUGUCACCGAAGAACAACUUUCAGCAGCAGAGGCCGAUGGAACCUCCAGUGAUCUUAUCAAAAUCUCUGACGCCGAGCUAGACCUCAAUGAAUAUGAGAAAUGGCUGGCAGAGGAGGAGGAAGAUAUCACUGCUGUUCGGGAGCGACGAUCGAAGGCAAUGCAUGAAGCAGACUUCUUCGACGAUCUGCUCAAGCCAUACGAUCCGAUCACAAUGCGGCCAGGCCUGGGACGGGAAAGCGACGAACCUAUGAUCGGAGAGCGGGUGAAGGCACUUUUACCUGGGAGAUGCUUCCGUUGCGCUAUCGAGGAGGGGGAUGAGGUCCAAGCAGGAGACCCUCUGGUGAGUACAAUAGAUGUCGACGUCAAUAGCCAAGCAUCGAGCUAA